AUUAAAUGUCAGGUCAGGAUCUUGAGGGAAAAUGUUGGAAGAGAAAGGAUCAGGAAGACAAAGAUUAUUAAUUUUUGCGAUAAUUUACAAAGAGAAUGUGUGACGUAUCAGUUAUUAUACCAAUUUAUAAUGGUGAAAAAUGGAUUAACAACUGUAUGAAAUCAAUAGCCUCCCAAACAAUCAUAAAUACCGAAUUGAAACUUGAAAUAAUCGUAUACAACGAUGGCAGUACUGAUGGAACUGAGAAACUGCUCAAUCAGUGGGCUCAAUACUUUAAACAAAAACGCGUUAAUUUUAUUCUAACAGGUUCAUUAUCUACAAGAGGUGUUGGUGCAGCCAAAAAUGGUGCUGUUUUCGUAAGUUCUGGUAAUUUUUUAUGUUUUCAAGACAUUGAUGAUAUUAUGCAACCACAUAGAAUAAUGCUACAAUGGCAAUAUGCUGUGAAUCAUCUUAACACAUUAAUAGGCAGUAGAAUAUCACGAAUACCUUUUGAUUCUACACCUAGAUAUGUUCGUUGGGCUAACAAUAUGAAGUCCAAUGAGUUGAAGUUACAAAUUUACACUUCUAAUGGAUCAACUUUACUUAUGCCAACUUGGUUUUGUCAUAGAUCUGUUUUUGAUAAAGUGGGUGGCUUUGAUGAAAAAGGAGCUGGAACACCAGAAGAUCUAAUAUUUUUUCAUAAACAUCUCGAGUUAGGUGGUGAUUUGCAUAGAAUAAAUAAUGACUUAGUUAUAUAUUCAUAUCAUGCAAAUGCAACAUCUUUGUCCAUUAGUAGGGAGUGUAUUUGGAACAUACAAUUAGAAAAAUUGCAAAUAAACGUACUUCAACAUUGGAAACACUUUACAGUGUGGAAUGCUGGAAAGUCUGGAAGGAGAUUUGUUCGAGCUUUAAAUCCAGAAAACUUGAAAAAAGUGGUAGCUUUUUGUGAUGUUGAUAAAAAAAAGAUAGGAAAUGAUAUAGAAUUAUAUUGUCCGCACAAAAGAAAAGUUUUAAUAAAAUUACCAGUUAUUCAUUUUCUUGAUGCAAAAUGUCCCCUAAUAAUAUGUGUUAAACUAGAUCUGACAAAUGGACUGUUUGAAAGUAAUCUGAAAUCUUUGAAUCUCACUGAAGGAAAAGAUUAUUUUUUAUUUAGUUGACAAAAUUCAAAUAUGGCUAAGAAAGAAUAAGUGAAUGAAUUUUUAUUACACAGUAAGUUAUUUAUUUUUCUACAGUUAAUUUACUUAGUAAUUGUGACCUAAAAAUAGUGACUAUUCAAUAAAUUUGAAUCAUU